UGGGAAAGGUGUGGAGUUUCCCGAUUGUUAUUGUUUUCGUUAUUUUUAUUAUUUUUUUUUUCGUCAGUUCUCGGUCGUUUUAUUAUUAUUAUUUCGACCCCCCGGUGUAAAAUCGACGCUAACCAGUAAUACAAUAUUAUUAUAAUAGUAAAUAAUAUUCCUAGUAAUAACAGGGCAAUAAUAAUAAUAACAACAAUAAUAACAGCCGUACACUACCCAUUACGAGGUACGGCCUACGACGAGUGACGACGAACAACGCCAGCCAACCCGUCGGCAUGUCGCGUGUACCGUUUUAGCACGUCGGCUACCACGACCGUCGACUACCCACUGCGAUGCGCAUCGGCGGACGUCUGACUAACACCGCGUAAUAGCCGCGCGCGGAGCGGAGAAGGCCUCACGGGUAGAAAUCGUCGUUGACGGACCGCACAGCGCGACCACCGCAGUCGCCGCAGAGUCCGAUAUCUCCGAUCCACUCGACAACGGCUGUCCGCACCCAUGUUGAACAUGGCUCACAACCUGGCACCGAGCGUCAACUGUUCGCUGGACGACAUCGAUCUCAACGCGUUAAAGGACCCAGCUGGUAUAUUCGAACUCAUCGAAGUCGUCGGCAAUGGCACCUAUGGACAAGUGUACAAGGUAAGCGAUCCAUAUGAAUUUAUUAUAAGUAUCUAUCUCUGUGCGUGUUGGACAGUGUCCGCGAAACCCGGGCUAAUUUUUGAUUAACACAAACUCAUCCAGUUUUUAAUGCCGAUCGAUGUAUGAUUCUCUCCCCACUUGAUAGUCGUUGACAAACGUACCUGUAAAAUAUGUUGUUUUUAUUUUCCUGCAAUUGAGAUCCCA